AUGUCCACCAACACCCAACGCCACAUCCUCCACCGCACAGUCCCGCUCAUCUGCCAAGCCCUCAUAACUUCCCCUGACGAUGAGACAGUCUGGACCGAGGGCUUUAGGAUCCUUUCCAACACCAAGCUUCAGCAGGUCCUCCCACUGACUACAUCAAUAUGGCUGCCACUGCUGCUGAAGGGUCUGGAGACAACCAGGCCGAGGAGUGUGAUUGAGGAAGCUCUCAAGCUCCUGGUAGGCGCAGCAGGAACCUUGGAGCCGAUGAAAAGCUGCAUUAUCAAGCCUUUAAGGGCUCUGGGAAAAUCCGGGGAUAUGGGAGUCAUGGAGUACUUGACCAAAGCUGUAGAGCGGCUUGACAUCACCGUCCGGAACGAGGACAAUCAGCUCAUUGGGAAGGGUCCACGAAGUAAUACAUCAUAUCAGGGCCAAGAUCCAAAGUUAGUCUCUCGAGUCGAAACAGCCACACAGCAUCCCUUACUCGCCGAGAUCUUGGCCCACAACCUUCCUCCAAAACCUCGAAGCGUCCAGCACGCAUGGACCCACACGCUUCUUUCUUCAGCCCACGACAGUCCCUCAGUAUGGCUUCAUAACUUUUAUCAAGCCACUUUGGAAGCUAGUGGCAUACCGGAAGUGGUGAUAACUUCACGUCUUGGGUCAAUGGUCCAUGGAGACAUAUUUCAGACCGCCUUUUUCAAGUGCUAUGUAUCAUUAGAAGGUGAUCCCAUGUUCAUGAGCUGCGUUGACAGAGCUCUCAUCGACCUCCUCUCCGAUCGAUCCAUCAGCAGAGAUAUACUGGUCGUCAUUCUGGACCUCCUCGCGUUCUUCUCGAAAGAGAGAAAGAGUCCAUUGUCCCACGGCGUGCAGGAAGCAGCCCGAGCUUGCGCAUUCGAAAGUUUCAGAGGGGCGCUGAACCAGCCCCUCCCAGGGGUGAUCCUAUGGUAUAUGGAGCAGUACACUGAAAUGUACCCGACUCAGGAGAAUGUCUCCAACAUAGUCGAAGCAAACAUCAGUAGAGUGGGGUCGUCAGGAUAUGAUGCCGCUUGGAGUAGUCUCCUAUGGCUGGAGAACGAUUGGAAUGUCGAGCCCGACCCAAUGUGGAUUACCUCACUCAGCCAUUGGCAACAGGGCUUGGAUGCGCAAAUAAAGAUUGACGAGACGCAAGAAACCACAAUGUACUCUUCAUUCAACAUCAGAAUGAUCUGCUAUCAUGCCUUAGGUGACUAUCAGAAAGGAUAUGAACUGGCACAAAACUAUUUCGAAGGGUUGAAUGAUAUCGAAAGGAGAACCUCUGCCCACUGGGCUACGGCAGCCGCAUGGCACAUGGGCGAUUUCGACACUAUGGCCGACUAUCUCGCAUUCCACCCCAAAGGUACAAGCAAAUCCCUCUACAAAGCCAUCAUCGACGUCCGCAACGAACAAUACGCCUCUGCCUUCCAUCACAUCAACAAGGCCCAAAGUCUUUCGUACGACGAGCUCCAAGUCAAGCUUGGAGUCGGGCCUCAGGUAGCCCUCAAGAGCCUGGCAAAGACAGAGUUCCUCGUUGAGCUGCAGGAAGCGAUACAAUACAAGUCUCAGCCCGAGCUGAGGGAGAGCAUCCUCAACACUUGGAAGAGCAGAUUCAAAAGGAGCCAUGCGGAUGCCAACUCGUGGCUCAGGCGACUGGAGAUAUGGACGCUGGCGUGUCCGCCGACCACUUUUGAGCUGCAAAGCUGCUUCCUGAAUACGGCAAAGCUUUGUGAAAGCGCGGGGAUGCAUGAGGCGGCGCAGUCUAUCAUCAGGAGGACUGCCCCCGAGGUCACUCCUCCUGGUUGCAAAGUCGAGUACACCAAGCUCAGAUUUGACUGGAAGGACGCCUUUCAACAGCGAGAUCAAGCCGCUAUGGAGGCAGUGUUACAACGCUUGAAUGACCAUACCGAUCGCUAUCUCCAGCAUAUGGGGCUCGACAGAGACAAGAUUGAAGCGUCCGGGCUUGGGCUGCAGCCGGUGUCCGACGUGAUCAGCAAUCAGGAGCGGCUCACCAAGCUCAUUGUUGCUCGAAGAUAUUAUAGGCUUGGAGAGUGGACUGCUGUCCUGCAAGGAUCAGAUUGGCUCCAGGACGAGAACUCUCUUGUUUUGACCUACACUUCCUUGGCGUCCAAAUUGGACGAGUCAUGGUAUGGGGCUUCAUUCUCUUUGGCAGAGAGAUCCGUCACUCUGUUUGAGAGUAGCGGUUGUUCCAAGUCUGACGGUGUCGCUGUCGGAAGCUACAUUGUCCCCGCGCUCCGAGGACUUUUCCAGGCAUCACGUACCAAAGAGAGCCCUGAGUUCGUCAUCAAAGCUCUUUUGCGUCUCGUCACCCUCUGGUUCAGUUUCGGCGAAAGCCAGGCUGUUCUCGUCGAAGUCGAAAAUCAGCUCAACAUCACUCAGGUAGACACCUGGCUGGCUGCCAUACCGCAACUCAUCGCUCGACUCGGUACCCCGCACAAAGAUCUUCAGUACAUGCUGAUCAAUCUGCUCAAGACCAUCUCGUCGCGCUAUCCGCACGCUGUCAUUUGGCCACUGUUGACGGCUACGCAGACUCAGAAGGUAGAGCAUCAUGAAGCUGCCAGGGUGAUUAUGAACUUUAUCUGCACGAUGCCGGACGGGACAAGACUGGUCGACCAGGCGGAGCUGGUAGGCAAGGAGCUGAUCAGGGUGUCUAUCUCUCUCAUGGAAAAAGAUCAUGGAAAGGGCUUGGCACGAACUUCCAAAGUUUUGGGAAGAAGACAUGAUCAAGCUACAGGUGCGUCUCUGGUUGUAAAAAUGCAAUAUCCCGAAACGCCUGACGAGGAAAAGUUCGUACAACGCUUCGGCAAUGUCCUCUUGAGGAUCAACAAGACAUUGCUACGAUAUAGAUCUACAAGACAGAUGAGUCUAGUGAACAGUGUAUAUACCGAGCUUUACAAGCUUUGGGGAGAGCUCGACGCACACCUUAACCAAUGGAAAGUCACGGGCAACAAACUACACCUUGGGAGCACUGCGCCUCGGCUUCUGACCCUUCGAGACUGUAUCUUGACCGUUCCGGGCAAGUAUGACCCUCAUAUCAAACUAGACGACCAAGCCUUUAUCGACAGCUUCCAUCCUACUGUGCAUCUGCUGUUCUCCAAGAUGCUUCCUAGAAAACUUGUCAUUAGGUCGUAUAUGGCAGACCACACCUUCCUUCUCAAGGGCAAUGAGGAUUUGCGAGGCGACGAGAGAAUCAUGCAGCUGUUCAGUCUCAUCAAUACCCUCCUGAACCAUCGCCCCGAUGCUUUCAGUCGCAAUCUUCACCUCUUGCCGUAUGAGGUAAUCCCUCUUUCUCCGUCUGCCGGUCUAGUCAGCUGGGUACCGAAUACUCAGCAACUGCAAUCAAUGAUUCAGACCAAACGAGACAAGUAUCACCAGCAAUGGUUGAAUGAUGCAGAGACCUCUUCAAUCCUGGGUUAUGACCCCGAAAAUGGGCGACCAAAGCCCGAUCAAGCCCGGAUGGACGUCUCUGCCGAGAUUGACCGCUACGACAAGCUACCAGUCAAUACCAAAGUCCAACGGCUCAAAUCCGCACUUUCGCAUUCUGAUCAGAGCGACAUCAGGGAUGUGCUCUGGCAGAGGAGUCCGAACUCGGAUGUCUGGAUUAGGAGGAGGACAAACUUUGCACGUACCCUUGGUGUUGGCAGUUUCGUCGGCUAUAUCAUUGGCCUUGGGGACAGGCAUGGUAGCAACAUACUUGUAGACCAGCUGACGUGGGGUGCUCUGCAUAUCGAUUUCGGUGAUCUAUUCGACGUCGCCCAAGAGAGAUCAUAUCUGCCCGAGAAAGUGCCUUUCCGCCUCACCAGAAUGAUGACCAACGCCUUUGAGCUCGCCUCUCGGGGAGGUCUUGAAACUCCAGGAUCGCGAGGAUCAUACAAACAAGCUUCGCUAAUCGCCAUGGGCGUACUGAGAGAUAGUCGAAGUACACUUCUGGCAAUGUUGGAAGCAUUCUUGUACGACCCGCUCUUAUCUUGGACGAACAGCGGCGAGCCUUCAAGCAACGUUGACACCACAGGCGCACCUACUCCCGACAAAGAAGCCCAGAAGGUGAAAUCACCUCACCGCCCAUCAUACGUCGUUCCUCAAAGUGUCGCCCAAAGUGUCGCCGUCAACAAUCAAUCGGGCGAUAUGGAAGGCUACUACAAGUUUGAAAACUCGCUCGUGUCGACGUACAUGCAGACGGAUUCAUAUAUGGCCAAGGUAGAGGGGAACGGGAUGACGAAUGGUCGGGCUUUGCAGGUGCUAGGUCAGAUCGAGAAGAAGCUCAUCGGUUUCCACAAGGAUAAUGAGCAGCCCUUGAGUGUGAAUAAACAAGUCCAAAAGCUCAUAGAAGAAGCCACCGACCUCAAAAAUCUCUCCCAAGCUGACGCGUCGACUGUAGGAUAUACGUUGGGCUGGAUGCCGCAUUGGUAA